GUCAAGGCCGACGCCGCCGCCGCCGCCCUCCUCCUCGACGCGAAUGAAGGCAGGCUACCAGCCGUACGGGCGCGUGAGCUCCCGCGGGGAGCCGCGGCGAGGCGCCGGGCUGGACCUGCGCGUGGCGGUGCUCAUGGUCUUCCCCGUCAUCUGCCUCGUCGUGGUGCUCUACGAGUUCCUCUACCUGCAGGAGUACGCGGCCAACGGCGCGGCGGUGGACGCCCCCGUCGAGGAGCGCAGCCUGCACCUGCGCGCCGACCAGGAGGCGGCCUCCACGCCCGCCCCAGAGCCCACGCAGCCGCCGUCCAUCGUCAACGGACGCCGGACCAUCAUCCUCGUCGCCAACUACCGGGACUCGGCCAGGUGUUCGGAGACGCUGCGCUCCAUCUUCGACAACGCCGCGGAGCCCGACAACAUCAAGAUCAGCAUCUACGACCAGAUCUACCCGGCGGAGAAGGAGCGUCCGUGCGUUGAGAUCUUCUGCGAGCUCGUGGGGGAGGCCUAUUGCCGCCGCCCGCAGAUCGUGUCGUCCCAGAUUGACGCUGUGAACGCGACGGGCCCCACUGCUGCGCGGUACGAGACGGAGAAGGCCAUCACAGACGAGGAUUUCUGCAUGACGAUCGACUCGCACCUCGUCUUCAUCCCGGACUGGGACGAAAAGAUCAUGACCCAAUGGGACUCGAUCGAGAACCCGAACGCCAUCAUCUCGGUCUACCCCAAGUCCACGGAGCACCUGACGAAGCACGACGUGGACGUCAAGGUGCAGCUCAUGUGCAUGUCCCGCAUCGAGACGCAGGACCCGGACUCGAUGGUGCAGUACGCGGCCCCCAUGUGGAUCGACAAGAAGGACACGCCCAAGCCGAGGCUGAUGUCGCAGCUCGCGGGCGGCUUCAACUUUGGCGGGUGCACCCAGGCGAAGGAGGUGCGCAACGACCCGUACACGCCCUACCUCUUCCACGGCGAGGAGUAUUCGCGCGCGACGCGGCUGUGGACGGCCGGCUACGACUUCUACGUGCCCUCGGAGGACAUCGCGUACCACUGGUACGAGAAGCGGAAGGUGGUGUGGGAGCGCGACUGGAGCCAGCGGUACGUAAUACAGCAGCCGUCCAAGCGCCGCAUCCGCUACAACCUCGGCCUGCCCGUCACGAAGGAGGACUUCGACCGCACGGACCUGGACAAGUUCACCAUCGGCACCAAGCGGACGUUCGAGCAGUGGAAAAACUUUUCGGGCAUCGACCCGCUGGCCAAGUUCGUCGCGAGCGACGCCAUCCAGUUCAACAACUGCCGCGAGCUCGAGUACGUGCCGUACUGA